UACACAUAUAGUAUAAUACAAGCAUGACGAUGGUUGAGAUAUUCAUCAAUAUGCAGACAUCAAAUCUGAUGAAGAUCAUCUUCAUAUUAGCCUUCUCCUCACCAACGCUACUAGCAUUUUCAUCUCCUCAUUACAAUUUCCCAAUAGCUAAGCCUAAUCCCAACUGCAACGAUACUUGCGGAGACAUACAAAUACCCUUCCCUUUCGGCACCACAGAAGAAUGCUACGUCACUAUACAAUUCCGAGUCACUUGCAGCCACACAGCUUCCGAUCGUCCAAAGCUAUUCUGGGGGGAUGAAUCGACAAUCGAAAUCACAGAUAUAAACCUAGAUGGCCAGAUGAGAUUGAUGCAGUACAUAGCCAGUGAUUGCUACUAUAGAAACGGCACAAGCUCCUUUCGCAACACUCCGUGGAUAAAUCUAGGCAGGUUUUUCACAGUGAAUAACACUGCAAACAAGUUCACAAUCGUGGGGUGUGAUGCAGUCGCCUUGGUUUCGGGAACUAGGCUGCGACGCAACUUCACCACGGGCUGCACCGCCAUGUGCAGCUCCCGGGCUGAUCUGACGGAAGGGUCGUGCAACGGAGUGGGGUGCUGCCAGACUCCCAUCCCCCAGAAUGUGUCGAGGGUGGAAGUUGAGGUCAAUAGCUAUUCCAACUAUACCGAUGUUUGGGGCUUCAACAGAUGCGGCUAUGCUUUCGUUGUUGAGGAGUCUGCCUUCAAGUUUUCAAGGGAUAAUCUCACUAACUUGUCAAGGGUUACAAGCCUUCCUGUGGUGGUCGAUUGGGCCAUCGGUAACGCCACAUGCGAGGACGCCCAGAGCAACGCCACCACCUAUGCUUGCGUCAGUGCAAACUCUGAGUGCUACAAGCCCACAAACGGCUAUGGCUAUCGUUGUCGUUGCAAGGACGGAUUUGAAGGAAACCCUUACCUACAUGUAGGAUGUAUAGAUAUUGAUGAAUGUGCGGAUACGAAUCGAAAUAAUUGCACCAUGAAGGAGUACUGCAAGAAUGAAGAAGGGACUUAUACAUGUUCCUGUCCAGAUAAACACGAUGGUGAUGGAAGAGGUGAAGAUGGAUGCAUUCUUUCCCAAAAGAAGCACAAUAUGAAGAUUGCCUACGUCUUGAUUGGGGUUGCAUGUGGGAUCAUUACUCUGCUACUUGGCAUCAUCCUCCUCUACUUGGAACUCAAGCGGAGAUCACAUAAUAAAACCAAGCAUAAAUUCUUUCUCCAAAACGGCGGACAUAUGUUGCAACAGAAACUUGCAAGGAGAGAAGCUUCACCGGAGAUGGUCACCAUUUUCAGUUCGUAUGAGCUAGAAAAGGCGACAAACAACUUCCACGACAGUAUGAUCAUUGGCCGAGGUGGCUUUGGCACUGUGUACAAAGGCAUGCUAGCAGACCAAAGAACAGUUGCGAUCAAGAGGUCUAUAAGAGUUGAUCCCACACAAAUCGAGCAGUUCAUCAACGAGGUUGUUGUCCUAUCUCAGAUAAACCAUAGGAAUGUAGUUAGGUUGCUUGGUUGUUGCUUGGAGACCGAUGUUCCCCUUCUAAUUUACGAGUUCAUUAACAAUGGCACCCUUUCUUCACACUUGCACAAUAAGGCUAAGGCGCGCUCUCUUGAUUGGAACACGCGUCUUAGGAUCGCUACAGAAACUGCUGAGGUUCUCUCAUAUCUUCACUCUUCAGCUUCUACUCCCAUCAUACAUAGGGAUGUCAAGCCGGACAACAUCCUUUUAGACCAUACUUUCACAGCAAAGGUGUCGGAUUUUGGAGCUUCCAGGUUGGUUCCCGUUGAUCUCGCAGAACUAUCAACAAUGGUGCAAGGGACUUUCGGAUACCUUGAUCCUGAAUACAUGCAAACAAACCAAUUGACAGAGAAAAGCGAUGUUUAUAGUUUUGGAGUUGUUCUGUUGGAGCUAGUUACAGGGCGAAGAGCAUUGAGUUUUGAUAGGCCGAUAGAGGAGAAGAGUCUUGCCAACUAUUUCCUUUCCGUACUCAAACAAGACCUCUUGUUUGAAAUUCUUGAUAAAAAUAUCGUGGGGUUGGAAAAUAUGGAGCAAAUAGCUGUUGUUUCUACGCUCGCGAAAGAGUGUUUGAACGUGAGAGGCGAAGAUAGGCCUAGCAUGAAGGAGGUAGCGAUGGAGCUCGAAGGGCUAAUACUCGGAGGAAAACACUCUUGGGCACGAAUUAAUGUACAAGAUGAAGAAGAGAUGGAGUCUUUAAUUCAAAUUGAUGAUGGAAUGAGUCACCUUGGUAAUGGGGAUGUGAGCUCAAGUGUGGGAUAUGACAGCAUCUCCAGGGAUCAUAUUCUUUUGCCAAUGCAUGGAGGAAGAUGAAACUAUUUGAAUAGAUAGGAAUUAAGUAUGUAUAUUCAUUUAUUGUGAAUAAGUAAGUUGUUUAUUUCCAUUCGAUGCAAUUUAGUGCUCCUAUACUUGGUCAAAUGUAGGUUCGAACAAAAAUGAUGCCAGAAUAUAAACGCAAUUA